AUGGCCUCAGCGACCGACCUUUCUGCUAAUACGUCGGAACAAAAGGUUACUCAGGCCGCACUUGCGCGUGGCGAUCGCGUGUUUGCCACCCUCCGCAGUCCAUCCUUACUUGCCGACCUUCAGACAAAAUAUCCUGCCUCGCAGCUGCGCGUUCAUGAGCUCGACGUUACCCACGAGGGCAAGAUUGGACCCGCGUUCGUGCAAGCCGUCGCCGCCUUCGGCAGGAUUGACGCCGUAUUCAACAACGCGGGCUUCGGCGUCAUCUCCGAGGCUGAGGGCAUAGACGAUGCCAACGCGCGUAGUCUCUUCGAAGUCAUGUUUUGGGGUGCAUCCUACGUUACGCGGGAGGCGGUGCGUACAUUCCGUGAACAAGUCCCUCCAGGGGGGAAGUUAUUCCAGGUCGCAUCCAGGACGAGUAUAGAGGCAGCACCAGGUGUCGCGCAUUACUCUGCGGCGAAGGCCGCGCUCGAGUAUCUGACAGAGGCGUAUUUACAGGAGGUAGACAAAUCAUGGAACAUAUGGUUCACACUCCUUGAGCCAGCGUUAUUUCGCACAGCCGCCCCUUCAAGGAACAUUAUAGAGCCACAGCACCCUGCAUACAAAAACCCAAGCCUCGCCAUAACUAAAUCCCGAAAUGUCCUUCAAGACCUCUCCAAGUUCGACGGGAAUCCUGCCAAACUAGCCAGAGUUGUCCUGGAGCUUUCCGACAUCACUGACGAGAAAGCUUGGCCGUUUCGUGUGCCAUUGCACCGUGUGGCUCUCGAGGCGGCUCGUAGAAAAGGACGUCAUCUUCUUGAAGCAGCGGAGACGCAAGCGUUUAGGUCAGAUGACGUCUACUUCGGCAAGGGCGGAACCUCUUUGCUGUAA